UAAAUAAAGUGCAUAACUCGAAAGUAUAAGCGAUAGAAAUUGUCUGGAAAUUGUUGGCACCCCAAGAUCAAUCCAAAUAAAAACAAAAGAACAGCUCAAAAUGCCGGAGCAGAACGCAGAUCAGGAAUCUCAGCCGCAGGCGCCGCAGGAAUCAAAAGCACCCGUCUAUGAUGCUAGCAUAUUACCGGAUAUGCUGCCCGUUUAUUACAGACGCCUCUUUCCACACGAGCCCUUCUAUCGCUGGCUAAACUAUGGACACUCGGAGGAUAAUAUAUUUGUCAAUCGGGAGAUUUCAUUCACUUUGCAAGAUGAUAUCUACAUACGCUACUUGUGCUUUGAGACCCAAGCGGAGCUGGAGAAAGAGAUCUGUUCGCGUAAUCCCUAUAAAAUCGAUAUUGGACCCGUGAUGAACACCAGACCGAAGAACUUUCGCACUGUGGCUGGUGGAUUGACGCCCGUACAGCGUGAAUUGGUCUUUGAUAUCGAUGCUACGGACUACGAUGAUAUACGCAACUGUUGCUCCGGUGCGGAGAUUUGCCUCAAAUGCUGGAAAUUUAUGAUGCUAGCGGCACGCGUUCUUGAUGCUGCCCUACGCGAGGAUUUCGGCUUCGAGCACAUGCUCUGGAUAUUCUCCGGCCGUCGUGGCAUACAUUGCUGGGUGUGCGAUCACACGGCGCGUCAUCUGGACGCCCGAGCACGUGCAGCUGUCGCCGAGUACCUGAACAUACUCACCUACACGAAUAAUACGGCACGCGUUCAGAUGGGCGAUCGUACGCAUCAUAGUUUGCGGCGUGCCUUAAAGAUUUUGGAGCCCAUGUUUGAGGAGAUUGUGCUGGAGGAUCAGAAUCUGUUCGGCACGCCCAAGGGCGUUAAUAGGCUGCUGCAAAUGGUGAGCGAUGAGGCGGCACGCAACGAUUUGGAGUCGUAUCUGCAGAAGCAACACGAGGAUGGCGCCCACUCGAAGCUCGUCUGGGACAGCUUUGUGCGCUAUGCGAACUCGAUGCGUACCAGCGCAGCCAAUGUCUGGAGUCGCAAACUGAAGCAUAUUGUGCAGGAGGUGCAGCUGUGCCUGCUCUAUCCCCGGCUGGAUAUCAAUGUAACCAAGGGCUUCAAUCACUUGCUUAAGGCGCCCUUCUGCAUACAUCCGGCCACGGGCAAGGUGUGCAUACCCUUUAGUGUCAGCGCCGUGGCCAAGUUUGAUCCGACAACGGUGCCCACCAUCUCACAGCUGCUGCAGGAGAUAAACGCAUACGAUGACAAGACGAAAAGCUAUAUGGAGGCGCCCGAGGACAAGAGUCGCAUCAAGGAUUACAAAAAGACCAGCAUGUUCAAGGGUGUGGUCGUAUUUGAGGAGUUUCUGCGUAAACUGGAGCGUAAUUUUAAGACCAAAUCGAUGGAUUUUUAAGGCAGCAUCAAAGAAACAAUUCACAGCAUAAUUGAUUGAAGCUUUUGAAUUUAUUAUAAACUCGUCGUAUUAUAAGUAUUAGGCUACCAACAAUAAAUAGACUAAAUGAUUGAGUUCACAUGCAACGCA